AUGGCGUCAGUAAGAGUGAUAGUGUGUGUGGCUUUUAUAAGCGUGGCUGUGUGCGCUUCGCCUAGAUUUAUAACUAAAAACAAUGCUUUUUCCUUCCCAUUUGUAAGUCGGGAUGAGUGGGGGGCUGAAAUCUCUUCGGAUGCGAGGCCUUUGAACCAUCCUGUGCCUUUUGUGGUUCUCCAUCACACGUACAUACCAGGAGCUUGCUUCGAUAAGGAAGAUUGCUCAGCAAAAAUGCGCUCUAUGCAGAGGUACCACAAGAGCCUGAAUUGGGGCGAUAUUGGAUACAAGUCGGCAAACGAGCAGACGGAUUACCUGAUGUGUUCUACGAGUGUUGCCUACACAAGGCAUGCUCUGUUUUUCCCCGGAGAACGCAACACAACUGAAGCCGAAGCAGCGGUGGAACUGGGAAGCCGUCUCCUCUUUCUGCGAAGCAGUGAUGCUCGCAAAAGAGGGGGCGGAGCGCGUGAGGGAACUAUCCUAACGCCCCAGCCGGCUAUAUUCCGGGCGUCGGGGGAGAGACGAUCUCCGGGCACCGUGAGCGCGGGUCUGCGGACGGCGAAAUCAAACAUCAUUAUACCGGGCAAUUUUGAACGUCAAACGACGCUUAAACAUAAAAGUGUCAGUCCGUCGGUCAGUCCUCUUAGUGAAGCUAUUUGCUUCAUUGACGAGGAUUUUUUUAUGUACAACAUCAUCAUCAUCGUCAGCCCAUAUGUGCCCACUGCUGAGCAAAGGCCUCUUCUCACUCGGAGAAGUUUCUGCAUAGGCAGCGACGGAAACGCUUACGAAGGCCGGGGCUUUGACAACGUGGGCAUCCACGCUACUGUUGCCAACCGACAUAGCAUCGGCAUCUGUGUUAUUGGAGACUGGAGAGUUGAAACUCCACCAGCAGAAACGUUGGCGACGACGAAGGCUCUCAUCGCUGAAGGAGUCAAACUGGGAAAGAUCAGUCCAGAGUACAAACUGAUUGGUCACAACCAAGUCAGCGCGACCGAAUGUCCAGGAACUGCGUUCUACAAAGAAUUCUCUACCUGGGACCAUUAUUCACCAGGAAAUCCCGACUUCAGUGGAUUGUCUGCACCAGUAGCGGCUGCCAAAGAAUAA